AUGAACUCUUCCUUCCUCGUAGCCAUUGCUGCGGCUAUUUGGCUACGCCUGGUACUCGCGGAGCCUCAACACUUGAAUGGAAAUUCCAUACCACGUCCAACACUGGCACCGAACUACGACAAGUAUAGAGCAGCCCCAACAACAACUUUGACACCUAGAAUCAACCUCAAUCUACGGGCAGAGGCAUUGGAGCCUCGAUUACUGCGCAUCAAUACAUGCGGGAUCGUAACACUUCCUUGGACUACAUUCCCUCUAGCGUGCGAAUAUCCGCAACCGUGCCAAACAGACAAUGGCUAUAUGAAGUGCGAUAAUAUCGUUGGACGUACAUGCUACGAUGGCACAGCUACCGAGUGUAGAUCCAAGGUUGAUCUCAAUACCCGCUGUUGCACGAGUUCGGAUGAUCAAUGGCUCCCAACCUGCGUGACAUAUUACAAAGAAAUCGAUAGGGAUAACUGGGUAUCGCUCCUCGAUUGCCAGUGGAAAGCACACAGCGGUCGAACGAGCUUAGACUUCGUCCCGGCAUCGAUCGAGGACAACUUCCUCCGCGGCACCCAAACAGCGCUGGCUUCGGCUGAUUCCACAAUCACUCUGAUGUCUUCCACAUCGGCCUCCGCCUCCGCGCCAGCUUCACCAUCGCCGGCGAGUUCUUCGUCCAACAUACCUACAAUCGUAGGCGGUGCCGUUGGAGGCUUAGUAGCGGUGGUCAUUGGGGUCUGUGUGGUUGCAUGGCUUCUCAUACGGGAGAAGCGAGCGUCGAGAGCCCAGGAUGCCUUGUCUCCGUCGCAGGAUCCGACACAGAGCGCUCAAUUCUCAACUCUGCCGGAGGUAUCUGUCCCUGAGAACCACCUGCCUCUCUAUCCCGGGGCUGAGGAGCGACAUAAGUAUCAGUCAGUGUCCGCAGCCCCGCCAUCCGUUCUCAGUGAGGCGCUUCUGGCGUCUUCUCCGUCGCCGAGACGCACUAUCAACGUUAAUGAUACCCCUGUUGAGCUCGAGUGA